AUUUCAAGGCCGUGAAAAUUCGCUGCUCGCCUAAAAAUUUGGAAGUGUGCAAGCGCCUUUAACAUGACCAGACCUACAGAGUUUUUGACCAUAAAACCAAAGUUGCUGCAAAACUCAUGUUUAACCGCAACGGGAGUGGCACCACUGUUUGCUGUUCAGUAUUAAGUAACUGCAUCGAUUUUUAAUUUCUCAUUCACGGAACUCUUGUUGCUAAGUAGACUAAUAUUGCUGUUGACCGUAUUUGACAACAAACUCAUCAUCUUGCAAAAAUGGUUGUCAAAAUUUAUGUUUCUGGAAUCAGUGGCAAUAAAGAAGUGAAGAAAAGACAACAAAGAGUAUUGAUGAUUCUUGAUAGUAAGAAUGUAGUAUACGAAGUAAUUGACAUUACUGAACCUGGCAAAGAAGAUGAAAAGGAAUUUAUGCAAACUAUGAGUACUGCAAGGGAUAGUAAAUAUCCGUUACCUCCUCAAAUAUUCAAUGAAGAUGACUACUGUGGGGAUUAUGAAGGUUUUGAUUUGGCUAAUGAGAAUGAUGAAUUGGAACAGUUUCUCAAAUUAUCAAUUUCCAUCAGCACAGCGGAAGUCACGUUGAAUUCCAAGUCCCAAAACAAAGAAGUUCAUCAGAAUGGUAACACAUCUAGUCGAGAGCCAUCCACAGACAAAGACGAUGCUACAGCAAUAACAGAAAGCAUGGAGGAAAGAAGAACAUCAGUAGUAAACGAAGAAGAAAGAGCAUCUGGUAAUUCCGAACGUAGAGAUUCAGAAAGCGAAGUAAAAGACAUUUCCGAAGAGGAUAUUGAACAUGUUGAAAAGGUUGGGGAAACAAAUGAAGACACACCAGGCGACCAAGAGACGGAAGAGUAAAUAAAUAAUGUCCUAUUUGGUAAAUUAGGACAUAACCAAAUAAAGGAAUUGCCGAAUAAAAAUGUUAUCGGCGUUAAUACAGCUGCGUUAAUGACAUACAGAUUUAUUUAUACAGUGCGCGCAAAUCUUUAUUUGUUAAUUAAAAUAUCAAUGUUUGAACAAAAGUUUCAACAUUUUAUAUGUUUUAAAAGAUUCUUCUUACUGGAACAUGUAUUUCAAGAUAAAUGAUUUGUAUUUUAUUGUCAACUUCUCCAUAAUAUUUGGUACAUUAUCACAAUAGAUUUAAUUCUCAGAAAAAAAAUUGCUUUUGAACAGAAAAGUUUAACUUUAUCGUUUAUGUCUUUAAGCGCUUACAUAUGUUCAAAGAACAAAUUUGUUUUUAAAAAUUAAAAUUUUUUUCUGGAAAAUUCAAGUGACAAAGAACAUGAAUGUUGUCAAAAUUCUGAUAUUCCUGAGACUUAUUUCUAUUGCAAAAUUUGUAUUUGUUCUCCAAGUUUACUUGUAAAGAUUUACUUUUGAAUGUCAUGAUUAGGGUUUAAUUAUGUAUAACAGAAAAGUGCAAUUUUUCAUAAAUGAUGCUUCAUAAAGUAAAUAAAUGUUGAAUUCAAUUCAAUUUAACAAUGUUAUCAUUUUAAAUAUGAUAAAUUCGAAAAAAAGUAAAA